AUGGAUACCAGUAUGGAUGACGAUCUCCACGGUGAACGACCCAGGAUACGUAACUCCCAAGCCUGUUUAGAAUGUCGCAAAGCAAAGAUCAAGUGCAAUGGCAAACGCAAAGAUGCGCAAAAUUGUUCGCGCUGCGAAGCAAAGGGUCUCGAAUGCAAUUGGACAGCUUCCCGUCGGGGUAAAAAGCCUGGAACCAAAAAUCUAGCCACGCGCGCACGCGAACAAUCUGAGGCCAUGCAAAGGCAGCUCGAAAAGCAGUUACAACCUAGCGAUUCCAACCUCAAGCCCGAAAGAAGCACGCCCGUCCCUCACGACGCCUCCACCAGCAGCCUCCCUUCCAGUCGUAACGAGGCUUGGGGAAACUCCGGAGCUUCCAGUUUGCCCAACACCUAUCCUCACGUUGCUUCUAUCGACUCACAUCAUGCAUAUCGUCACGGAUCCAAUGCCAGCACCGCCAAUCACCAAUCGCCCCAAAGUGCCAUUACCUCAUCCUCCUCGGCCUCGUAUCAGUCUUCGUCCUUGCAGACGGUUCCCUCUUCCAACAUACUUUAUAGCAUCACCAGCAACACCAGCAGUCGACGCACUUCCAAGUACCACGACGGUCUCUUGAUCCGCGAAUCGCGCAUGCCACCCUCUUCUACUAAUCCGCUCCUCUGUCUCUCAGAAGCUGCCCUCGGCAAACGAUGCACCGAGUCGGACAGCGAGGAGGACGAGCUUGCUGCUGAACCCGCAGAUCAUGCUCUAGACAGACUUGAAUGGGACACACGUCGAUGCGACCCGCUCGAUCGGGGCAUCGUCACCAUGGACGACGUACACCGGCUUUUCGGAAUUUUUAUGGAUGUCAUUCACGAGCAAUUCUGCAUCCUCGACCCUAUCAUUCACAACGUCGAGACUAUCAAGAAGUCGUCCAAUUUUCUCUUUUCCGUCAUCCUCGCCAUCGCUACCUCAGUGGAUCCGAGUUCACGCUCCAUUCAGCAGUUUCAGCAGCUGCGUGCCCUCGUCGACUCGCUCGUAGUUGAAGUGCUCAGUCGCAACGUAAAGAGUGUCGAAGUGGUCAAAGGGCUCAUUGUCUGGCCCAUGUGGGCGCAUCUUACUCCGCUUAUGGCUGAAGACCGCGCUUGGCUGCUUAUCGGAACCGCUGCACGUAUGACCAAGGAGCUGGACUUGGCCAUGCGAGACGAUACGCCUCAGGAUGACGACAUCGCACGUCGACAUGCACGAGACCGUUCCCGGACGUGGGCGCUCGCUGCCAUCAUGGAGAGGAGCUUCAGCUCAUUCUCUGGCCAACGUCCCAACACAACGUUGGAUGUUGACUGGGGCACGCUCAAUGAUUGGCUCAAGUCGCCUGUCUCUCUCGAUGGUGAUAUUCAGAUCGUGGCCUUCUUACACCUCCGCCGCAUCGAGGAAAUCAUGAGGACGCGCAUUUUCAGCCAGAGCUACUACGAGGUGGGCUCGAUCGAGAGCAUCCGCGUUUCUGCCAAUGUCUUGUUCUCGGCCUGGUACGAAGCCUGGUGCGAGCAUCCUGCAUUGGACAAGCAUCGACUUACAUCGACCAUUAUGCGAAUUAUCGGCCUUCACCUCCAGACACUCAUUAACACGCAUGCUAUUCGCGAGUCAGACCGAAGAAAAGCUAUUUGCGAAGCAUCCGGCAUGCGUAUCCUGCGCAUCUGCAGUGACUCAGUCAAAGCUGCACGCGAAAACUGCGUGGAGCAGUUGACCGACGCCUGUCGGCUCGCACUCGACAACCUGAAAGGUCACGCACAUACAGUCAGUCGCAUUGUCGCAGCCAUGCUCGGCUGGUCCGGUGUACAUCUGCUCAAGAACGGGCCCAUCGAGACGCGUGGCUUGGUGGUUCAGCUUGGUCUCAUGUUGGCAGGCAAUCCGCAAGACUCGACACAUUCGCGAUCCUUUGCGCGCUUCUAUGGUCGUUUCAUCCUGUCGCUCAGCGCCGAAUUGGCUGAGAGGGACCGGGCCGAAAAGUCGCGAAGAAAGCGUCAGCGCCUCCGAGACUCGUCGCACAUGUCGGCCGGAUCAAGUGGCCAUGGUGUGCCUAGCCCGCGUGCUGCUGGCGACGCAGUCAACAUGAGGCGCAGCGUCACUACGGGAAGCGGCGCCCCUGGCUACGAAUCUAAGAAGUCACCUGCUGUGGUACCUUCACCAGGCGCCGCGACAGCAGCUGCAGCAGCCGUGAGUGAUAUGGCACUUGCCUUUGAGUCGGCUGCUCAGAGCGGUCUGCAAAUUUCAGGUCUGAGCGGCAGACCUGGCCCUGUCGGAGCAUCGGGAGCCGGAAUGAAUGACGCUUCGUCCUCCUCCCCCGGAGGCAAUGGGUACACAUACCCGUAUGCAUCCACACCUGGCGCACCCGCCUCUGGUGCCGGUAACUCGUACGUUGGUUGCAUGUUCGGCAAUGGUGGCCGUGCCUCGUCUCCCCUCUCUUCAAACUACCGUAGCAUGCCAGCACCAGGCGCAGGCAACAGCGCGUCUACCUUGGACUCGGUCACUAGCACGUGGUUGGGCACGGACGAUUUGCUCGACUCAUACAUGCAGAGCAUUUUGCCCAUCUUCAACGACUUUGAUCAUGCCACCAACAACAGUAUGGCCCACGGGAUUCAUGGCGGUGGAGGUGUGGGGGUCCCGAUAUCUGAGGUGGGAAGAUGA